AUGGCUUGGAAAUACAAUAAUACUGAAGAUUGGGGCUGGAAAAAGCAUGAAAACAUUUGGAUGCCAAUUCAAAAUACAAAGGAAACUGUGGAAGCAUGUGCGGUUGCCGAAAAGCAGGCCUCAAAUGCUGCGCAGUGUAACCGAUAUUGUUCUGGAGAAACCUGUACCAACAUUAUGGAAAUAACAAAAUUCAUAGAAGAAAAUGAAUUUGAAGAAGAAUUGGCAAUAAUGACUCCAACUUUAACUCCUGUCAUUCCCCAAACCUUCACAUUCGACGUUGAAUUAGAAUCGGAGCCAUAA